AUGUCAGACAAUUCAAAUUCCACUGAAUCUUAUCGAUACGCUCUUCUUGAUUAUUCAAGAUGGUCUCAAUCACGAUUAAUGAAUAAGAAAGUUCCCGUAUUUCUUAUCUCAUUGAUUGCAUUAGUUAUUCUCUAUGUGAUUUGGUUUUAUCCUACAAAGUCAUUAUUUCCAAAUGUAUUAGACACGAAAAUUUAUUUUUCUUCAUUGAGACAAUCGGUUUUAGAAAGUAUUAAUCCUAACUUGACUAUGCAUGACAAAGCUCAAGGACCGCCAACGUGUUUCCUGUUUAUUCGUUCGGCGGAUGGCGCUUUGGGUAAUCGAAUGUUUUUAUUUGCAAGUGCCUAUGGUCUCGCUCGUCUUCAUCAAUGUCAACUGUAUGUUGCACCAUGGAUUUUAAUCGAUCUUCGAUCAGUCUUUCGUAUUGAGAUCGAGAAAACUAAGGUGCAAUUGACAAAAGAUGAUAGACUCGUUGUUAAUCGAACGGAUUACUUUAGUCGAUAUAGUUCAUGUGUGUUUUAUCCUGAUUUACUCCGUGUACCGUUCAAUAAAACAUUCCAACGAUAUGAAUUAAAUGGAUUUUAUCAAGCAUAUGGAUAUUUUGAUAAGUAUCGUGAUGAAAUCAAUUUCUUAUUUCAGUUUAAUCAAGGAGCAAUCGUUAGAAAUGUGCCGAUGGUGGAGCAAUUGUUGAAAGCUGUUUGGAAUAUUUCAUUGGAUCUGCGUAAUUAUACGAAAGAUACGGUACCACAUCGGUAUUUAAAAUCAAUGCUAGCGAAUCCUGGACCAUCGUUCACACCUGUAACUUGGGUUGGAAUUCAUAUUCGUCGAGGUGAUUUCUUAACUUUUUUUAAAAUUGACACAAGUGUGGAAUAUCUCGUUUGGUCAAUGAAUUAUUAUCGACGAAAAUAUGUUAAUUGCCGGUUUUUAAUCGCUAGUGACGAUAAGAAAUACGUGCAGACGCAUCUCGGUCAAUACAAAGAUGUUUUCGUAACGCCGUCCGGCUUUUUCUCUGGUGAAGAUAUGGCUGCCUUAGCUUUAUGUGAACAUACAAUCGUGACAGCAGGAACAUAUGGUUGGUGGGCCGCAUAUUUAGCUGGUGGAGAUGUUGUUCAUGAUCUGAAUUAUCCAGUUCCUUUUCAAAAUUGUCCCAGAGAACAUUAUUUUCCUCCGUGGUUUGUUUUUCCGCAUAAUAGUUCGAGUUUGAUGUGGAAGCCUGCCUCGCCAACUUAA